CUCAUUCCAUCGUCUCGCGAGCACAUUGGCGUGAGAUUCUUCUUGAUAACGCCAUCGUUCCGAAUGUUUAAUCGCUGGACGGGAGCAAAACAUUCGUCCACAGAACGCCCCAAUCAUACACAAAUGGCGACGUCGUUCUGGUACUUCUUUUUCAUCGGGCUGUGUAUCCUGGCGCGAAUGAUAGACGGACGACGAGAGAUCAAAUUUAACUGCACCCUGACCGCGAACUAUUACGACUGUUUGUUCCGAGAUGUGAUCAUACGCAACGAAUCGGAAGCUGACAGCAUCUUUUUCGGCGUGCAAAACUUCAAUGACACCAGUAUUGCAUUCCGGGAUUGUUCGAUGGUGGUUUUGCCGAAGAAGGUGUUCGAAACGUUUCCUGCCAUCCAGUAUCUCUCGAGUGAUGCGUGCAACAUUCAAAAACUUCUGGGCGGAACGUUUGCUAAUGCACAACGAUUGCAGGAGCUGCACUUGUAUAAUAAUAAAAUUUCAAAGCUGAACAACUUUGUGUUCAAUGGUGCGUUGCAGCUGGAGAUACUAUCGCUUUACAACAACACCGUAAAAUACUUGGAAGAGCAUGCCUUUGAUGGGUUGGGCCAUUUGCGUCAACUCUAUAUGGACGACAAUUUGAUUGAGAAGUUACCGGAAAGUUUAUUUUCCGGACUGGAAGAGCUUCAGAUAUUGGAGCUGCAGAAUAACAACAUAAAGGAAAUCAACGAUGAUCAGUUUGUGCUCUGCUCGAUGUUGAGGGAACUGAAUUUGUCGACAAACAUGAUUAACACGUUCAAUAUGGCCCAAUUGAUUGGACUGAACAAACUCGAGAUUCUGGAUGUUGGCAAAAAUUAUCUGGACGAAGUGUUUGUGACGAAAUACCUUCGCACACUGAACGCCCAAGAGAAUCAAAUCAGUAGAAUUCUGAUGGACCAAGGAGAUUUUUUCCAGCUAACAAAUCUGAAUCUAUCGCGAAAUAACAUCGCCAAUAUAAACAACAUCUUUAAAUUCCGAAAUUUAGUCGAAUUGGAUGUGUCAUACAACGAGCUUAUUACGCUGGAUUUCGUUAUAUUUGCGUUCAUGAAAAAUCUCAAGGGCAUAAAGCUGAACAACAACCACUUGUGGAUAGUAGACAACGGGAUACCCGCGCCGGCGAAAUCACUGCGAACUCUCGAUCUGGCCCACAACAAGUUCCUGUUUAUCGAUUUAGCAGUGUUCGAUACGUUCCCCGCGCUGGAAAACAUCUAUCUUCAUGGCAACGAGCUAAUCGAUAUGCGUAUCGAAGACGUGGAGCAAAACUUCCCCUAUCUGGCGCUCGUUUCCACCGAUAACAACGAUUGGGAUUGUAUCAAUCUGAUGAAUAUUGUCACCACGCUGGAACGAGCCUAUGUCAAGUGGUCGACCGGAAAUCGUAACUGCACCAAGCCCGAGCAACACAAGUUCAUCUGCUGCACCUCGAUGGAACAUCAGCUGCGAGAGAAAAUCGUCCGGCUAACCAAGGAAAUUUACAAAUCGCGCAAAAUGAUUAAACAGCUCAUUAUGGAAAAUGCCGAAUUGCGUACGGAGGUGGAAACGCAACUGCUGCCUUCAGAUUGACUAGGAACGCUAAGAAGGAGGAAUAGGAUCUAUUUUACUUAGGGCAACGGUUUAGUCUCAUGUUUCAUUAUCAAAUUUCCCAUAUUGAGAAUGUGUUCAGAAACAGUAACAAAUUAUUCGAAUGUUAUUAGCUUGUCAAAGUUAUGUGUCUGUCCAACAAUGUUAAUAUUUUUUCAUGAAAUUAAACGAAAUCAAAUGUCAAAAUUGAUUAGUUGCUAUAAUGCUGGAGAAACAUUUGAUAAAUUUUGAACAAAUAUUAGAUUAGUUAACAUGAAAAUAAAAGGAAUAUGUAAAUCGAAAAAAAUAUUUUCACACAAGUGAGGUACUAAUUAUUUGAACGAUUUGUUCAAGAUAUUCGCAAAUUUACUUAUUUCUUAUUUACU